AUGGCGGCAAGUUCAUCAUCCUUCACCUCCUUGACAGUUAUUUCAACACCAAACCCCGAUGAAUUUCAUCCCGUCCAAUUUCGAAAUUUGUAUGAACAAGUAAGUACAAUUUUAGAUCGACUAGUGAGGAAAGGGGAAGGAUUUGAGGAAAUUGGAAUCGUGGGAAUUGGGGGCUCGGGUAAAACCACUCUCGCUCUAUUGGUUUUCACUCCACUCAUUCAGUGGUAUAACUGGGAUUACAGAAUUUGGAUAUGCUUAUUCCAGAAACUGAGUGGAGAUGUGGAGUUUAAGGAGAUGAUAAAAGACAUGUUGAAGCAAUGUGAGGCAGCAGCAGUGGUGGACUCUGGGGUAGAAGUAGGAGUAGAAGAGCUGUUGGAGAUUCUGGGGAAAGCUUUGAAGGGUAAAAGGUAUUUGAUGGUGUUGGACGGCAUCUGGGACAUCAACAUCGACUGGUAUUUCAAGUUGAAGGACAAGUUGAAGUCUGUGAAUGGUGAUGGAAAUGGUGAUGGGCAUGUCAUCAUUACAAGCCGACUCCCCCACAAAGCAAGAAUGAUGGUGGGCCCUCGCAAUUUGUAUCAGAUGCAACCUCCAUCAUCCAUGGAGCAAGCAUGGCGAUUCAAGUAUGGAAGCUUAUUGGAAUACCUGAAAGAAUAUAGGUUGAAAAUGAAGGACGAGGUUCUAGAGCAUUGCGAUGGCCUCCCAUUAGCAAUGCACACAUUGGCGGCGGCGAUUCACAAGCAGAUCCUGGGAACAGAGUACAAUUGGAAAAGAUUUGUUGGGAUAACAUUGAUCAAUUGCGAAGAUGAUGCAAGGUUGGGAAAUGAGUUGUUGUUAUCAUGUUGUAGCAUCUCAUACAAGGAUUAUAUAAUUGAUGUAUCAAAGGUUCCUCUUCAUCACAUAUUCAACAAAGUUAAUGAAUAUAUAAAAAGAUCGGGUUCAAAAAACACAAUAAUUGUUUGGAGUGGGGAUGCAAUGGCUAAUCAACUCAUGCAAUUAAUCACACAAGCAGUCAGAAAUGCGAAACCUGAUUCAAAUCCAUCAAUUCUCUUAUUGCCUUUGGGAUCUAAAGCUAAUAUUUCGUUUUCACUUGGAUGGGAGAAUCAACCACCUUCAACAUUACCUAAGGAUAUGCUUCAGUUUUUACGAGAGGUGAUCACUAAACCAGAAAAGGAUAUAGACAGGUAA